CGAAGACCCAAACUGGCGCCUGCGCACUUGGUCUCCGCCGCUGCUGUGGUCUUGCGCCCCGCCCCCGUCCCCCCACCUCCCCCCAGGCUCGCGCUCAGCGGCGGCGGUGUUGGUGCCGCCGGGAGCGGACGGACCCGAGGUGAAGGUGGGGGGCUGGGGUCCACCGCCCGCGGCCGAGUCCGCGCGCCUCUCCUACCCUCCCCGCGCCCCCCGUGUGGCCCCCACUGCUAACAGCCGCGCGGCCAAACGCGGCCCACGGGCAGGGCGCGGAAGGGGAGUAGACGCGAGGCCGGGGACGAGCGGGGGGGGGGGGCGGCGAGGGAGGGGCGCACCCACCACCCCUCCUGGCCUACAGCGACCCCGCCUACAUCGCGGGACGGGGACCCUCGGAGUAGCCUCUGUCUGCCUCCAACCCAGGACCCGGCCCCCUGAGUUCUGAGUCCACCCGCUCUUACGCCUCUGUGAUCAGAAUCAGACCUCUUCACCUGUCCAAGCCCCAGCUUCCUCAUCGGCAAGCUGGCUAUGAAGAGGCAAGACUCCUGACUGUGGCCCAUGGACCUCUGAGGAGGCGUCGUAAGUCCGCCCAGCUCCCCGCUUGCUGUGCUCCCACUCAAUGGGAAGGGAACCAAGGCCUUGUCCAGCCAUCAGCCACGGCCUCUCGACAGCACCAGGAUGGAAGUCAAAGGUCAGCUGAUCAGCUCUCCCACCUUCAAUGCCUCAGCUGCCCUGUUUGGAGAGGCUGUCCCCCAGAUGAAGUCAGAGCGUCUGCGGGGGCUGCUCGACCGGCAGCGGGCCCUACAGGAGGCCCUGAGCCUGAAACUUCAGGAGCUCCGCAAAGUGUGUCUCCAGGAGGCGGAGCUGACUGGCCAGCUACCCCCCGAGUGCCCGCUGGAGCCUGGUGAACGGCCCCAGUUGGUCCGCCGGCGGCCCCCUGUGGCCCGAGCCUACCCUCCGCCGCACCCCAACCCAGCACACCACUCCUUGUGCCCUGCUGAGGAGCUGGCUCUUGAGGCGCUGGAGCGUGAGGUGUCUGUGCAGCAGCAGAUUGCGGCCGCCGCCCGCCGCCUGGCCUUGGCCCCUGAGCUGAGCAUCGAGCAGCGCCGGCGCCGGCGCCAGGUCCAGGCAGACGCGCUGCGGAGGCUGCAUGAGCUGGAGGAACAGCUUGGGGACCUCCGGGCCCGCCUUGGCCUCCCGGUGCUCCCACCGCCACAGCCCCUACCCCUGUCCACAGGGGCAGUUAUCACGGCCCAAGGAGUCUGCUUGGGCACGCGCCUCGCUCAGCUCAGCCAAGAGGACGUAGUUCUGCACUCCGAGAGCAGCUCCCUGUCAGAGUCUGGAGCCAGCCAUGAUAAUGAGGAGCCCCGCAGCUGCUUCCCUCUGGCCGAGCGCCCUUCGCCGCCCAAAGCCUGGGACCAACUGCGGACAGUGUCGGGGGGAAGCCCUGAGCGGCGAACCCCAUGGAAACCACCGCCGUCAGAUCUUUAUGGGGAUUUGAAGAGCCGGCGGAACUCUGUGGCCAGCCCCACCAGCCCCACACGCUCGCUGCCCAGGAGUGCCUCCAGUUUUGAGGGGCGAAGUGUGCCUGCCACCCCUGUCCUCACCCGGGGCGCUGGCCCCCAGCUCUGCAAACCCGAAGGCCUCCAUUCUCGCCAGUGGUCCGGCAGCCAGGACUCCCAGAUGGGCUUCCCCCGGGCGGACCCGGCCUCCGACCGUGCCUCCCUCUUUGCAGCCCGCACCCGCCGCAGCAACAGCUCUGAAGCCCUGCUUGUGGACCGGGCGGCUGGCGGGGGAGCUGGCUCCCCGCCGGCGCCUCUGGCUCCCCCUGCCGCUGGCCCCCCGGUCUGCAAGAGCAGUGAGGUGCUGUAUGAGCGCCCCCAACCAACCCCUGCCUUCUCCUCCCGCACAUCUGGCCCCCCAGACCCUCCCCGGGCUGCCCGGCCUAGCUCAGCUGCCCCUGCCUCCCGAGGGGCCCCUCGGCUCCCACCUGUGUGUGGGGACUUCCUCUUGGACUAUUCCCUGGACCGGGGCCUGCCCCGCAGUGGUGGUGGGGCAGGCUGGGGGGAGCUGCUGCCUGCGGCUGAGGUCCCGGGACCCCUCUCCCGCCGGGAUGGGCUCCUCACCAUGCUUCCAGGUCCACCACCUGUAUAUGCAGCUGACGGCAGCAGCCCCCUCCUCCGCAGCAAGGAUCCCCACACCCGUGCUACCCGCACCAAGCCCUGUGGCCUGCCCCUGGAGGCCACCGAGGGUCCAGAGGUGCAUCCCAACCCUCUGCUGUGGAUGCCCCCACCCACCCGUAUCCCCCCGGCUGGUGAGCGCAGUGGUCAUAAGAACCUUGCCCUGGAGGGGCUGCGGGACUGGUACAUCCGCAACUCGGGACUGGCCGCCGGGCCCCAGCGCCGGCCUGUUCCCCCCCACAUGGGCCCGCAACACCCACCCUUCCUCCAUGCCCGCUGCUAUGAGGUGGGCCAGGCGCUGUAUGGGGCCCCCAGCCAGGCGCCGCUCCCGCACUCGAGGAGUUUCACGGCACCCCCUGUCUCCGGCAGGUAUGGGGGGUGCUUUUACUGAUGGGUAGGGGUCUCUGGAGGCAGAUGGCAAAGGUGUCCAGGCUGGGGAGCAGCCAGUCAUGGUAGCUAAUGACUCAGACCACGAGAGAACUAGCUGCGGCCUCAGCACAGGGUCAUCAGGCCCUGUCUAACCUGCAUGAGUCCGCGGGGGCUUGGUGGAGUGGGGUGUCUUGGGCCCUGGCAGCAGCAAUUUUCCACCAAGCCAUAGAAGAAUUGUAAUAUUGGAACAAAACAGUGCAUGUCAGCUGAAAAUGAGCCUUGAAAGCAGGGUGCUGGGAGGAAGGGCCUCCCGGGCCCCUCGUUUUUCUCUUCUUCCUUUUUGCUGUGCUCCCCACGCUUGCAAGCCCAGACGUGCUCUCCUGUGUCUGCCUCCGCCUCUUUAACGAGCUUCUUUUCCUCUCUUUCUGUGUCUUGUUUGUCUUUUCCUCUCUCCUCUAUCUUGCCACCCUGUCUGGAUUCCUGCUACCCCUUCUAAAGAUACUACGCGGACUUCCUGUACGCUCCGGAGCUGAGCGCUCGUUUAAGUGACCUGACGCUAGAGGGGGAGCAGUCCUCCAGUUCUGACCCCCAGACCCCGGGGACACUGGUCUGACCCCUUCUGAUACGCUCCUUGUUGGCCUGGGCACGGCUUUAGUCUGGGGAGCACACAGCUGACCUCGCUGAACCCUGGGGUGUGGUUGCUCUCAGUCCUGGGGGGUGCCGAACCUGAUCUUCCAAGGCCCCUGGCACCUUGUGGACCCACGAAGGUGUCUGACACCCUGUUUCCCCUCUCACACUGUGCUGGGAACUGGGGCCCUCAGCCAGCAUAAAAGAGGGAGGAUGGUGUAAUGGGGACUCCGAGCCCCUUCUUCCAUUUCUGUUUACAGUUGUGAUUUAGAUAUUCGCUGUCUUCCCCCAACGCUAGACGUUUUAUAAAAGGGAAACUGUGAUCUUGUCCUGGUUGGGCUCAUUCCUGUCCCCAUGCCCAGCCUGUUCCAUUCAGGAACCCCCUCCACAAAAUGGAUCAUAUAGGGUCUCAGGGCCCUGUUUGGGGCAGCCAGGAGACUCUGGUGUGAACAGAACCCCCUGCCACCCCCCACCAGGGCAGUUAUUGGGGAGGUGGGCUCUCUGCCUGCAAUUGGAAAGACUGAAGUCUGGGUAGGGGGCUUGGGUUCAUUUUCCUACCCCCAGGGGUGCCGGAAGCCCCAGUUCCUGUCUGCCUGUCUGUGCCCGCUGCCUCUGCCCACAGGACUAGAUGGCCCAGUGUUUGGUGGCAGCCUCUGCCCUAUCUAUCCCCAGUCAGGAAGCCCUGCAGGAGGGGCCAGAGGGCAGAGCCAUCGGGUGUGUUGUGUCCUGGGAUGCUGCGGUGGUGGAAUCUGGCAUCUGGUGGAUGCCAGUAAAAUCCUCAGGUGACGUCUGGCCACAGGCUACGUCACGUCUUCCUUGGCUUUCGUUCCAUCCACCACUUUUUAAAUCUAUACAAGCUGUGUUUUCUAUGAUACCUAUCUGUGACUUUCUGGAGCUGGGGGUCCCCCUACCUCCUUUACCUGGUGUUAAACUUUUCUUUUUCUACCAAUGGACCUGGGCCCAAGACACUACCCACACUGGAAGGGGAUUUCUAUAAUAAAUGUGUAAACUGAA